GGGGUUCGCGGAGGAGAAGGAAAGGUGUUUGGCCUGCCAAGGCCGCCGUAGCGAGGGGGCGGGGCCCGGAAGAGCAGGAUGGCGGCGCGGGACAGUGAUAGCGACGAGGAUCUGGUCAGCUAUGGGACCGGGCUGGACCCUCUGGAAGAAGGUGAAAGACCAAAGAAACCAAUCCCCCUUCAGGAUCAGACUGUCAGAGAUGAAAAAGGAAGGUAUAAACGAUUCCACGGGGCCUUUAGCGGUGGUUUCUCUGCUGGAUACUUCAAUACUGUUGGCUCAAAAGAAGGAUGGACACCCUCUACCUUUGUGUCUUCACGACAGAACAGAGCAGACAAAUCUGUUCUUGGUCCUGAAGAUUUUAUGGAUGAAGAGGAUCUUAGUGAAUUUGGGAUAGCACCCAAAGCGAUCGUCACCACAGACGAUUUUGCCUCCAAAACCAAAGACAGAAUACGAGAAAAGGCCAGGCAGUUGGCUGCUGCCACUGCCCCUAUUCCUGGAGCCACCCUCCUUGAUGACCUCAUAACGCCAGCAAAAUUAUCUGUUGGUUUUGAAUUGCUAAGAAAAAUGGGUUGGAAAGAAGGACAAGGAGUUGGUCCUCGAGUAAAGAGACGGCCACGCCGACAGAAACCUGAUCCUGGAAUCAAAAUCUAUGGCUGUGCAUUACCCCCUGGAAGCUCGGAAGGAUCUGAGGGUGAAGAUGAUGACUACUUGCCUGAUAAUGUGACCUUUGCACCCAAAGAUGUCACACCUGUGGAUUUCACACCUAAAGAUAAUGUGCAUGGUCUGGCCUACAAGGGCCUGGAUCCCCACCAGGCACUGUUUGGAACUUCGGGAGAACAUUUUAAUCUUUUCGGUGGUGGCUCUGAGAGAGCUGGUGAUCUUGGAGAAAUUGGACUGAAUAAAGGAAGAAAAUUGGGAAUUUCAGGCCAGGCUUUUGGUGUGGGUGCCCUGGAAGAGGAAGAUGAUGAUAUCUAUGCCACAGAAACUCUAUCCAAGUAUGACACUGUUCUGAAGGACGAGGAGCCUGGAGACGGACUCUAUGGCUGGACAGCACCCAGGCAGUAUAAAAACCAGAAAGAAUCAGAGAAAGACCUUCGAUACAUUGGCAAAAUUUUGGAUGGAUUUUCCUUGGCUUCUAAACCUUUAUCUUCUAAGAAAAUCUAUCCACCUCCAGAGUUGCCAAGAGACUAUCGACCAGUGCAUUAUUUCAGACCCAUGGUGGCCACCACCUCUGAGAACUCACACUUACUGCAGGUGUUAUCAGAGUCAGCUGGAAAGGCAACACCUGACCCAGGGACACACAGUAAGCACCAACUGAAUGCCUCCAAACGGGCAGAGUUGCUUGGAGAGACGCCUAUUCAAGGUUCAGCUACUUCCGUGUUAGAAUUUCUGUCCCAAAAAGAUAAAGAGAGAAUCAAAGAAAUGAAGCAGGCUACUGACCUGAAAGCAGCUCAGCUCAAGGCCAGGAGUCUGGCCCAGAACGCCCAGAGCAGCAGAGCCCAGCCCUCCCCUGCAGCGGCUGUUGGGUACUGCUCUUGGCACGUGGCAUUAGGUGGUGGGAUGGCCACCCUAAAAGCCAGCAACUUCAAGCCUUUCGCCAAAGAUCCGGAAAAGCAAAAGCGAUACGAAGAGUUCUUAGUACACAUGAAACAGGGUCAGAAAGAUGCUCUGGAACGCUGUCUGGACCCCAGCAUGACAGAGUGGGAGCGAGGCCGGGAGCGGGAUGAAGUUUGCCCGGGCGGCCCUGCUAAUGAUGUUGGGGACAAGCAGUCGGCCGUGAAGAUGAAGAUGUUUGGGAAGCUCACCCGAGACACGUUUGAGUGGCACCCUGACAAGCUGCUAUGUAAGAGAUUUAAUGUCCCCGACCCUUAUCCAGAGUAA